UGAAUGAAUAAAGUAUAUUUCACAGUUAAUAAUAUAUAAUUAUGAAUAGAAAAGAUAAAUGUCUUCAUUUUCUUCUUAUUUGUAAACUGGUUGUUUUACUUUCAUGGAUUCUAUAAUCUAGGCUAUAUAUAUUUAACAGGUUGAAUGAUGCUCAGUAAUAUAACUCAAUUAACAACAAUGAUAACAACCAUAGCAUCAACAAUAACCACAAACAAUCUAUCAGCAUCAUCAAUAAAUGAAAUGAAUCAAUCUAUGACAACGAGAUCAUUAGUAACAACUACCAAUAUUAUGCCAAUAAUCAAUGCAAAAUGUAAGCCUAUUGAAUCAUUAGAAUUAUUUGGACGUGUUUACGGUGAUAUGCAUGGAUAUAUUACAUUAUUUCUAUGUCCUAUUUGUGUAUUAUCUAAUAUUUGUAUUGUAAUUGUACUUAAUCAACGUGAUAUGAUAUCACCGACAAAUUUUCUAUUAACAUCAUUAGCAAUCAGUGAUGGUUUAUUGAUGAUUUUCUAUAUACCAUUUACAAGUUAUUUCUUAAUUGGUCGUCAUACACGUAAUUCAACUUAUAAUUGGGCUGUUUAUCUUCUAUUUCAUAUUAGUCUACAAAAUUUUCUUCAUUUAACUUCAAGUUAUAUUGUUGUUGUUAUAGCUGUAUUUCGAGUUCUCUAUGUAAAAUUUAUAGUCAAAUGUCAAAUUUUAUGCAGUAUGCAAAGAGCUAAAUUUGCUAUUACAAUAGUAUUUAUAAUUAGUAGUAUAUUAUCUAUUCCAUGUAUUAUGAAUCAUCAUAUUGUACAAAAUAAUAAUGAACAAACAUUGAAUAGUUACAUGGUUACUUAUGUAGAUAAUGAAGUUAUGUUAAAUUAUCUUUAUUGGAAUACAGCAAUUUUUUUGAAACUCCUACCAUUAUUAUGUUUAUGUGUACUUAGUUUUAUGAUUAUAUAUACAAUACGUAGACAAAAUUCACGUAUGAGAAAAAUGAAAACCAAAUCAAUCAUAUGUGUUGAUCGUGUUAUUGAAACAUCCAGUUCACAUAAUCCAACUAGUUCAAAUUCAAUCAUCAUUAAUAAUAAUGAAUUAGAUCAAAAUCAAAAUCAAUUAAAUAAUCAUGAUAUAAAAGAGAAGAUUAAAUUUCAACCCAUUCAUGGAUCUAAUACUUUAUCAUAUACAACUAAUUCAAUGUAUAAAAAUGUUACUCUAUUAAAAAAACGUAAUACAUUUGAAAAUGAACGUGAAAAAGCAGAAAAUAGAAUGACAAAAUUUUUAUUAGCUAUUGUUUUCAUAUUUAUGAUUACAUUACUUCCUCAGGCAAUAUUAUUAUUUUUAAGUGGACUUGUGGGUGAUUGUUUCACAGAUACUGUGUAUAAUGCAUUGGGUGAUUUUAUGGAUCUAUUGACAAUUGUUAAUAAUGGUAUUAAUUUUAUACUGUAUUGUUCAAUGUCACAUCAAUUUCGUACAACUUUCAUACAAUUCUGUACACGGAUAUUUAAAAUAUGUAAAAAGACCUAAUGCCCAAUAUUGAUAAAUCUUCUUUUAAAUGCAUUUUUUAACAUCUCAGCCGUGUUCUUCAUACAUUUCACAUUUCCGCAGUGAAAUACGUAUGUACAGGUAUCUUCUCAUUCCCUGUUAAAUACAGUAGAACAAUAAUGAAAUAAAAAUACAUAUGAAACUAGAGGAAAAGAACUGUAAAUGUGAUAUGUAACUAGAAUAAAUAAAAAUUCAGUUUUCUUCACGAGAUUUGAUUGUAUCUUGCUUAUUGUCUAUUUAUUGUUUACAAUGAAACCACAAUUAUGUUUGGUAAUCCAAUGUUAUUCUAAAAGAAAAACUGAAUACAAUAUUGUGUGUUUUCUUUAUUACAAUUUAGAAGGGGAACUGUGUUUACAUGACAAAUAUCUACCUGGGGGAUCAUAAAGUUCAGCCUAUUUCAUAUCAAGCAUUUAGGCACCUCAUAUGUAUGUGUAUCAUUUUCUGUCUGAUUUAUGAGUAUUCAUUGUAGAUCUAUACGAUUUCCUUCAAUAUAAUUAUUGAUUACAGGCAUAUUGUAUCACAUAGUUUUGGUAUGGUGAAUUUUAACUUCAUUUCAUCUAUCCAAGUUAUUAAGGGUACAAUAAUUAUCUUCUCAACGAAGUCUAAUGCACCUAAAACAAGAUGAAUGAAUGUAUCCUGAGUUAAAUUAAACUUACUCAUGAUAAAAUUUAUUUUAAUGUUUUAUCAUAAUUGAUGUUUCGGUGAAUACUUAAAGAUACACUGAAAUAAAACAUUUUUGUUUACCAUUAAGAUCAAGCUAAUCAUGUUUUAAUGAUAUGUAAUUGUUUGAAACUUAAUAGAACUAUAUCGUAUUUCAUUGCAUGGGCAAUAUGAAUUUCAUUUGCUUAGUACUUUACAUUUAACAAUUAUCAUUUGACGUUAGUUAGCCAAUUACAUUCGAUUAAUGAAUAGGUGAACUUAUAACAUUAUACAUAUCUCAGAAACUUAUUCAUGCACCAGAGGUGUUGUUUAUAGUUUAUGUGCAUUUUGUAAAAGUUUAUAUCUUAUUGUAUGAAACACCAUUUGAUGAGGAUUGUGCUAUGAAGUAUUCCAUUGAUUAUAAAAUAUGAAGUACACUUAAAUCAAUCUGUAUAGAAACUCUUUUAUUGAACAUAAGGAAGAAUUUUUACGUAUAUAAGAAAAAGUGGAUUAGUUAUGAGAUUUUAUCAGUUACAUAAAACUUUCAAAUAACUUGAACAUUUCGUUUUUUUAUUUCUAAUUCAACUAAAUUAUUAUAAAUGAAGGGUAUUGAUUAAUUUGGUAAUUUUAUUCUAUCUAACUGUUAUAACUUGUUAAUUGAAUGCUACUUUUUAUAUCUGGUCGUCGCUGAUUGUUAUGUCGGAAACGCUUACCGCUUAUACUCGAAACGAGGAACCUCUGCGAUUUCCACGAUGCGAAAGUAAGAACACAAAGACUGGUAUAAAUGAAGAUUUAUUAACCUUGAAACACGACGACGACGACUCUAUUAGAAAAUACACUCAUUUAUAUAUUGGUCGUACACCCAUUUUGAAUAAUAACUGGGAUGAAAUCACAUAUAUGAAAAAUAGUCAGUCAUAAAAAAUCACAUACUGAACAUAGUUUAUGUCAAUGGAAUACAAGAAUAUUGCAUAUUAUACAGAAUAAAAUAUCAUACAAGACAAUAAAACAAAUACUACAUAGGGUAAUCAUUACAUUGAAUCAAAACGGAAGUAAUCUGGAACAAAACUCAUAAUGGGUAAAUCAAUCGAAAAUCGACUUUUCUUUUCAUCAUAUCACUAACACAUUAAAUUAUGGUCACUAUUUUGAGCGACUCAAUAUCAUGUACUCUAAUUUGAUGAUUAUUUCAUCCUUCCUCCAAUGACUUAAGAAGGCUGG